CUUAAUAACCCUAACAACCAACAUGGAGAAAUCUCUUCCUCAAAAAUCCAAGAGUUCACUUAAGAAGAAAGCCAAGUACGAAAAGAGACUGCACAAGGAAACAUUGAAAAGACUUGCUAAGGUCUUGCCAGAGAUGAAACGGUUAGAACCUGUGGAGAGUACUUCUAAAACUCCAAUCCUCCGCAACACAAACACCUCCCAACUCUCCACUCUCUUCGCUCACAAGCUCGAAAUCUCGUAUUCCAACCAGCUCCAAUUCAAUAGACUGAACGAAUCCCUUCUGGAGGGAACAAUGCAUGCUAUUCAUCUCCAUGUGGGAAGUUCUAAAUACAUCAAUUUUAAACACUCAAAAACAUACUUAUUAUUAAUCUUUACCUCUACUCCAACCUUCUCUUAUAAAUCACUUCUCACCUCUUCCAGCUAAUCAGAUUACCUCAACUACCAAGAGUCCUGCCUAAAAUUUCUAAAAUUCCUCAAUUCCCUAAACCCACUCCUACAUUAACUCUCAAUAGCACUGACAAGCACAUCCCCCAAAUUCUUGACAAAUGAAGAACACCUUCUGUUUUCAAGAUAUUAUGACUCCAGUCCCCAAGAUUAUUAGAUCAUUGAUCAAUGUAUUGCCGAGAGUCAUUGAUACUGUUAAAUUACAUUACCAGGUUAUCAUGAAGAUGCAGUUCAUUAAGAUAUUCUUCAACAUCACUACUCUCAAAAAGAUUUUGUUCAAGAACUGUUUUCUUGAAGAACUUAGCUUCGAACCUGAGAUAAAGAAGAACCUGCAUUACAAGUUUAUGCGAAAAGAGUUUAGACUUGGAGAACUAUGGCUGACGGAUUGCUUAGAUUUGGAUUCUAACUAUGUUGACAUCAACACCAUAGUGCUGAAGUGUCUGCUAGAGUUUAUUCAUGCAACUCCUUUUGACAAGACCCUAGAUGAUUUUAAAUUUAUGGUUCCUUAUCCAAUAAACGAAGAGGGUCUCAAAAAUCUUGUGAAGGAAUGUAAAAUUCAACAUUGAAAAGUUUGGUACGUAAAGAGUGGUUGGUGGCUUUAUGCAAACUAUGAACCUUUGGAAACACAAUCGUCUUUACCAGAGGAGUUAGAAUUCGAAUAA